GCUCGUUUGAUUCUGAAUAAUUUGAUUCAACAGAUUUUGAUCCUAAAAUCGACGUUAAUUUACGAUCUUUUGUUAAUUUUAACGAUUUUCCUAUUUAAACUGCAAUAUUUAAAAUUGAAAACCGUGAAAAUGAUAAAAAAACCAAGCAGUUUCAGCGGAUAACGCUGCAUCGAUGGCAAGUCAUUUAGUUGCGGUUUAUUCUCAUCAGAUGGCGCUAUAUGAGCCAUAAAACCAUCAAAACCGAUUUGACAACGCAAAAUAGUGAUUAUUUCAUCAGCUCGAGUGAAAAAUCAUUGCGUCUUGCAUCUCUUCGGAUCAAAGCCAAAAACGUAGCCGUGCACUGGCUUGUUUAUUUUUGUCUUCAUUGUUUGGUCGUUUGUUUUUGAAGAAGUGUCAAAAAUAGUUUUCCACAGAUGUUUUGAUUGUUUCGGCGCAAAUGUGCUCAAUUAUGUGAUUUUUGUAGAAAAUUGAUUUGAUUAUCGAGUUAAGCAGUCGAAAAUUGUUCGACUUAAGUUUAAUUAGAGCCAAAAGAAGGAAAUAUGGAAGAGACCUUUAUCGAGCUAAUUGAAGCUCCAGAUAUCAAUAUCAAUAUAACCGAUUAUAAUCCAGAAUUUACGAUUUUGAAUGAUCGCAGUGAUAAAUCGUCGAGUGGUGUGUGGAAGCAUUUUGGAGCCAUUAAGCACCACGAUGCAGUGGACAAAAAGCACGUUUAUUGUACCCAUUGUUUCUUCAAUAGACGAAUCAAAAAAUACCAACGAUCUACUUCGACAGGGAACCUGAGCAAACAUUUACGAAAACAACACAAUAUCUCCUUGAACCAAAUAUUUCGCGUUAAGAAAGAUCCAGACAACACGAUACACCUUAUUAAAAAGGAGUCAGACGGCGAAAUGGACAAAGAUACUGAACAUUUCGACACCAAUGACGGAGAUGACGAGUAUUUAGUGCAUGAUAUCAACGAAAUCCUAAUAUCCGAAGUGGCGAAGCGACCAUUAUUAUACAAACCGCAAACUGUACAGGAAAAAGGAGUGAAACAUGUUUUACGACGUCAACAAUGGACUGAAAUUUAUGAAGCCUUGAAUCACUUGAUACCACUUCAAAAAAUACCGAAAAUCUGGAAGAAUAUUCGAGAUCGAUACCACAAAGUGCGACGGAUAGCCAACAUUGGUGGUGAUGGAAAGCCAAAGUAUCGAUAUUAUGAUAUGUUAAGCUUUUUGGAUCCGAUUAUGGACGAUGACAAAAACAUUCAAUACGAGGAAAUUGAGGAGGAAACUGACGUUGAAGAAUUCCUGAUAAGUGGUGAUCACGAUCAUUACAUUUCAUCAGAGACAAUUGUAUUGCCCAAUGAUGCCGUUGCCUAUGAAGAAGCCAUAUGCGAACCAAGAGCCAAAAAACAAAAAACCUCACCGAAGAAGCAGCAAACAACGUACCAAAUCAUCAGUGAUGAUUCGCAUAAACUUAAUGUUGAAAAGAGUCUUUCGUUAUCAUCGAAUAUAAUUGAAGAGUCGUUUGCAAAUGCCACCUCGAAUGAUAUAUUCACAACAUUUGAAGAGGAACUCAUAACGGAUGAUGGUAUGAAGCAAAGUACGAUGAUGAACAAUGGAACAAACAUUGAAGUGAUCUCAAGCACACCAGUCGCAACUACGAGUAGGAAACAGGAUGAAUUUGAUAUUUUUGGGAAUUUUGUCGCCGAAGUUAUGCGUAAUAUGAAUAAACCAAAGUCCCGAAUUUUACAAAUGAAUAUUAUGAAAUUAAUUGCAGAAGCUGAAAGUGAGAGCUAACCAAUACUUGUAUAGGCCCCUCUUUUAUUCCCUUUAUUUUAUUUACUAUCCUUUUAGCAAAAAUAUGAAGUUCAUCAUAUUUGUUGCCUCUACCUGUAUAAUUGUUUAUUUUUUUGGCAUCGCACGCCGCAUGCGAUGGUCAUUCCAUCAAAUUAGACACCGUGUUCAUUAAUUUAGCUGAAUUUUUAUGUAUUACUUUUAGCAUAAUAACAAUUUUGCAAAAAAAGAAAUAAAAAAUAAAGUAUAAAAAAA